UUCGGUAAAUAUUGUGUUUUAAUCUUAAGGUCGCCGCUUCAUGUUAGAGUACUUAAUACUAGAAGUUGUUGGCUUUGAAAGCAUAGGUGUGAUAUUUGAAUUACUUGUUACGUAGACGGAAAUUUAAAUAAUGCUAGUACAUAGGGGUGGAUGUGGUUUUCAUGUGGUUCAUGUCAUUAGUUGUUUAAAAGAAGUUACAGAAUACAUAGGUACCGCAGUUGUGGCUGACAUCGGAACACUUCUAUAAUCGAGAACGGUAAUGGUUCGUGAGCCUUAACAUUCAUCUUCAUAUUUAACAUCUAAAUUUCCGAUAAUUAGUUUUGAAGUCGAUGGAAAAGGAUGGGAUGGGAAACUCGUAGCUACCGUUGUGUGUAUGUCUACUUUUUGCCGUGCGCAUUUGGUCACACUGUUUAAGUAUAGUAACGACUGAUAACGCCACCGUGUUUGCGCUAUCCUUGUCGUUAGACGUUGGAGUUGAGAUUUAAAUCGCAUUGAACACUUCUGUUAGCUUCAUUAUUCGUCUCUUUCCCUUUUGCUUGCCUUUGAAUUCGUUCGUAAACAUCAGUGAUGUCCGGCAAUGAAACCACCAGCGGAGUAUUCCUGGUCUCAGUUGUCGGUCAAAUCGAAAAGGCUCACUUCCCGAACUUCGACAACAUGUACUGCAAGUAUACGUUUGUCUAUGGACCCGAUUGGGAAAUCGUCACCAAUGACUAUGUUUGUACCUGAAUCUAGUUCAUUGUUACAAAAAAUGACUUCUUGGUUUACUGGGAGAAGACCGGAGUAUGUGGAUGCACGAUUAUUAGCUAGAGGUGAUGGCAGAGAAGUUACAAGAGUCAGAAGUCAAGGAUCUGUGUGGGUAAACUUUAAUGUUAUGUUCAAAGAUUUUCAUCAGUAUGGUUUUGAAAAUGGUAAUUGACUUGUAUUUCUAGUACAUUUAAAUAAAAAAUAAAAAUAAUAAAUAUUUAAGACUACUGCUGUAA